GCGCGGGGAGGGGAGAAGAACUGACGUCAGCGGGAGAGUAUUAUGGUCUGUCGUGCGCUGGCUGCUGCUUUUCUGCUCCUGGAAGCGGCCAAGGGGGGAAGCGGCGAGUCAAUAUGGAGCUUUCAGCGGUGGGGGAGCGGGUGUUCGCGGCCGAAGCCCUCCUGAAGCGGCGCAUACGGAAAGGACGCAUGGAAUACCUCGUGAAAUGGAAGGGCUGGUCACAGAAAUACAGCACAUGGGAGCCAGAGGAAAACAUCCUGGAUGCUCGCUUGCUUGCAGCCUUUGAAGAAAGGGAACGAGAGAUGGAGCUCUAUGGGCCCAAAAAACGAGGACCCAAACCCAAAACCUUCCUCCUCAAGGCCCAGGCUAAGGCAAAGGCCAAAACCUAUGAGUUCAGAAGUGACUCAGCCAGAGGCAUCAGGAUUCCCUACCCAGGCCGCUCACCUCAGGAUCUGGCUUCCACUUCCCGAGCCCGAGAGGGCCUUCGGAACAUGGGUCUGUCCCCACCAGGGAGCAGCAGCAGCACCAGUAGCACCUGUCGGCCAGAGCCUUCUCGGGACCGGGACAGAGAUCGGGAUCGAGAGCGGGAAAGAGAGCGAGAGAGGGAGCGAGAACGAGAAAGAGAAAGGGGUGCCAGCCGUGUGGACGAUAAGCCCAGCUCGCCAGGGGACAGCUCCAAGAAGCGAGGCCCCAAACCCCGGAAGGAGCUCCUGGAUCCCUCACAGAGGCCCUUGGGAGAGCCCAGCGAUGGCCUCGGAGAUUACCUCAAAGGCAGGAAGCUGGAUGACAUCCCUUCCGGAACAGGAAAAUUCCCAGCUGGCCACAGUGUGAUCCAGCUGGCCAGAAGGCAGGACUCGGACCUGGUGCAGUGUGGUGUGACCAGCCCUAGCUCAGCUGAGGCCACAAGCAAGCUGGCUGUGGACACUUUCCCAGCCAGGGUCAUAAAGCACAGGGCCGCCUUCUUGGAGGCCAAAGGCCAGGGUGCCCUUGACCCUGGUGGCCCCAGGGUCCGGCAUGGCUCAGGCACCCCAGGCUCUGUGGGGAGCCUCUACCGGGACAUGGGGGCCCAGGGGGGAAGGCCCUCCCUCAUCGCCAGAAUCCCAGUGGCCAGAAUCCUGGGGGACCCAGAGGAGGAAUCCUGGAGCCCCUCUCUGACUAACCUGGAGAAGGUGGUGGUCACUGAUGUGACCUCAAACUUUUUAACGGUCACCAUUAAGGAAAGUAACACGGACCAAGGUUUUUUUAAAGAGAAAAGAUGAAUUUCUGGGUGGGUGAGCCCAGGACAAGAACAGGCGAGAGUGAGCGCAAACUUGGCAUAGUGCUUUUUAUUUCUGGGUGGGAUGUGGCCUCUGGCUUGUCCUGUCCCUAACUUCACACCUGUCAGCCUUUUUCAUUCUUCAUUCUUCUCUUUCACUUUUGUUUGGAAAUUUAUCUCUAGAUUUAUAUUUUCUAUUAGAUGUAAAUAUGUUAUUUAAGAAAAAUAUCUAAAUAUAUAUAUUUCAACUC